AUGGAUCCACUUACUCAGUCUCGACUGGGGUCCGUGUGGGCGAACGUGAGCCGACGAGAUUUUGAGAGAAACGUCGAUGAGCUUUACAACAAGGAAGUCGUUCCAGAGCCUAAUGACUAUACCGGUGAUGACCAAACGGUCAAUGGAGACGCGCACGACCCAUUGCCUAUUGACAUAGAACGUAAACUGGCGGAUUACUUCGCCUACAUCUCGGCAUACGAUGCUGGGGUUCAUCCCGUGACGGCUGCAACGAUCGAGUACUCGCUCGGGUCUCCAGGAAUCACGGUCCGGCUUGCCGCAAACAGCGGUGUCAAAGAUCAUGUCCGAAAGGCCAUAAUCGAUGUUCUAAUUGCACUCAAAGAGUGUAACAACAGAGCCUCGCAUCGUAGGAAAUGUGAAGAGAACAUUUUCGAUAUCGUCGUUCGGCUCAACCGGAACAAGAUAUAUUCACGACUCGGGUCAAAACAUUUUCGCAAACCAACGAAUGGCUACCCCCAAAAGAAGAAGAAAAGGGUGAUGAAGAAGAAAAAGAAGCAGAGUAGGGAGAAGGUGAACGGGCCUUUGAGCGUCUGCUUGAAGGAGGUGCUGAGGGAUGAGUUGCUGAAGGAGCAGACUCUCAACCGUCGGCGUGCUUUGACGGCACUGGCGGACGAAGUCAAUGAGUUCCACAAUGCUUUCGAGGUACUAGAAACGUCCGAGGAUCCAGAAUUGGUGGAAGCCAUUAAGAAACUCAUUAAGGAGGCCUGCUUGCUCCCAGUCAACAAUCUGCCCUUGGUCAACGACCUCGACCAGAAAAAAGAUUCGUCCAUGCCGAGAUCCAAUUGA